GUGCCAGCUCAAGUUGCCGACGUUCUACAAAGCCUCCAGAGACCACGUAGAGGACGCGUGCACCAUCGACCGCCGCGUCGGGGCCAUCCACGACAAGAGCUACGACUUGGUCAAUUUGCGGUCCAAGCUCUUCCAGAAAAAGUGCGACUACGAGAACAAGUGCCUUGACCAGCUCGUCGUGUACAGAUGCUGCGCCAAGAGCGACCGCGUGCCGACGAUGGUGCAUCACCACAUCCGCAUUCGCGGUGAGCACGGCGUGGACAGCGAGGAGGGCAAGUGCAGGGACGCGAAGGGCUACAGCAUC